AUGAAAGAAGGAGAAAAAGAUGGUGACAAUCAGGAUCGUUUUAAGCUUUUAGAGGUCAUGUACUUUCUUUUAAAUUUUCUCGCAUUUCCUUUGGGAGGAGUUGCACGUAUGUUUGGAGCAAAUUGUGCUCUAGAAUGUAUUGAUGAUUUAUACGCUAGCAUAAUGGCUUUGGAUGAAAACAUGUAUUUUAUGGCAAAAGAGGCUAAGAAUAGGAUUGUUGAUCCUCAUUUGGCCCCUCAUUUUUCGACUAAGCAAGCAGAUUUUACCAAUUCGUCAGCCACAUUCUUUGUUUUAUGUCAUGAUGAUUAUUAUAUAACCUGUGAAAAUACUGGUGUUGCAAAUUAUUUUUGCGAAUCAAUGGAUAAGAAAUCAGUUUGGGUUGAAAGUAGGAGAUCGGAGGGAAAGGAAGACAACAUUGUCAUGUGGAUCUAUUUUUCGGAGUUCCCAGAAAGUAGUAAGGCGAAGGAUUUUUUCGAACUCUUCGGUUGUAUCGGGGAGGUAGUGGAGGUGGCAAUCGCACCCAGGAGGAACAACAUCGAAAAAAAAUCCGGCUUCACAAGAUUCAUCGAAGUGGAGGACGCAAGAUCGUUGACAGUUAAACUAGAUAAUGUUCUCAUUAUGGGGAAGAAGAUUCUCGCAAAUCUUCCAAGGUAUGAGAGGUACGGUGGUAAGGAAGCGGUGGGUCGUUUCGGUGGGACCAAGGAGCGUGUUACUCAGAACCAGUUAGCGAAGGAUGUCCAGGUAGAGAGGAGUAACUUGAAGUACUCUUCUAAGGAGGAAGACAAUUUGAGAUUGUCAAAAGCUUAUGUGGAUCAGGUUAUCAUUCUGGGGUCUACAUACAAUAUCCAAACAAAUUUUGAGAUGGAAGGCUAUUUUGCGAUUAAGGUCACUCCGUUAGGAGUGAAUUUAUGUUUGUUAGAGGAAUCAGAGGAAGGAGUAAUCGAAGAUUUAAUCGGAGGAGGGGAAACAUGGUGGAAGCAUUGGUUUGUGGAGGUGAGGAGAUGGAAUGAGGAGGAGUUAAAGGAAUCUCUUACUGUGGAAAUAGAUGGGAAGGAUUUCAACUUGCUGCUCAGAGAAGAAUCAUUUGGUCCACAAUGCAUCGUCACUGGGGACUGUGGGAAUAAAGAAAAAGAAAAUGAUUCUCUUUCGUCUGGCAUUCUUAAUGUUCCAGAUGGGGUUGGUUUGGCUGACACUUUUGACAAGGCAAUUCACAAAGUUAAGAAUUUGGAUUCCUCUAUCCAGAAUACUAGUGUCCCGUGCGAUCAGUUUUCUCCACCUUCCAGGAAGAAUUUUUCUGCUGUUAAAUGUUUGUUAGCUUCGCAAAAAAGUAAUCGUUUGAAGAAGGUAAAAUUCAAAAACAUGUUGGAUUUUGGAGGCUUUAUUAACAAGAGAAAUUACGGGUAUUCGAAGAGUACUAAAAGGAAGGGGAAAUCGUCUUACAAGUCGAAGUCUAAGGGUAAUGUGCAAUCUUUGUUAGUUCAUAAGGAUGUGAAUGCUAAUGAAACCUUUUCUCCUAAUCUUUCUACGUCGGCUGGUCAAAUUUGUAGGAGUGUCUCGGUUAUAUAUGGGGAUCAAAAUGAAAACUCAGAUAUUUGUAGGAAUAACGUCAAACAGUGGGAUUAUUUGGAUAACAAUGUUGGUAAUAGAUUGUGGUUAGCGAUAGCGGCAUUGGGUGUGGUGGAUUUGGAAGGAAAGAAGAAUUAUGUUAAUAGAAUAGAGGAAUUGGAGAGAGCGGAUAAGAAAAGGAAGGUUGUAGGGAAGGCAAACUCAUCUAGUUUGGAAUGA